UUCAGCCUCACUGCAUUGAAUCAUCUGCUGCAUCUGUCACCAUGAGGACCCUGGCUGCUAUUCUGGCUCUGGUGCUGGUCAUCUCAGUUAGUGCUCAGUAUGGACCAACUACACACGGUUGCUGUGCCAAAUACUACUCUAAUAUGAUUCCUGCAAACAUGGUGGUGUCUUACUACAAGACUAGCAACAGCUGCUACCUGAAAGCUCUUGUGAUUAAAACAAAGAUGGGCAAGGUACGCUGUGUGGACCCUGAGGUGAAGUGGGUAAACAAGAUUCUCAGCAAGCAAGCUGCAACCACGGUGAUGCCUACCUCAUCCUCAACUGUGAAUCAAACGUCAACUUUCAAUCAAACAUCACCAAGUCCUACUGGGGCUUAUGCUUUUUAGAUGAAAGUAAUUUAUCCCACUGAUCAAGUCUAUGAAAAAGCUACAUCAAUGCAUAUCACUUUUAAUAUGUCAAUAAUUUGUUUAAUAAUAAAAUAACUAUGUAUAAAGAAGUCACAUUUGCUUGUCUGUUUCAGUUGUUUUCAGUCCUUCAUUACAUCCCUGAUAGCAAUUUGCAAAUAACGGACCACCGGUGGGUUUUCACCAUUGUGUGCCACUUCUGCUGUCAGACCCAUCUUCAGUUUAACAUGUUGUAAGCAAAUGUUACUAAAAUGACGGUAAAAAUAUAACUGAAUAAAUAAAAACACAUUUGAGCCGUAAGUGGCAAAACAGUUUGACAGUAACCCGCCAGUGGACCCCUGGAAAAGCUAACAAGCAAAACACUAGCGGGCCAACAACGGUCCACCAUCCACUGUACUGCAAUCAUAUCAUCUUCACUGGGAAUUUAUACUGCAAGACUGAAACAUAAAUGAUGUGCGCUGCCUCCUUCUCUAAUAUGACACAAUUCGUUUCAUCCAUGUUAUUACUAUUUGUAAACGUAUACACUGUACACU